AUGUCUGAUCUUAUUCAAGCCUUCACCUACUCCAAGCCCGCCAAGAAAACCAUCGAAGAUGAGGUCUAUCGCGUCUUCAAUGUGAUCGAUGAGGCCCUCGAGUCUGGCAAAACCAAGAAUGUGGUCCUCAGCGGGCAGGAUGAGAUGGCCAAUUUUGACAUGCAAAGUGUCAUGGAGUUUGUCGAAGCCCAUGACUGUGCCAAGUUCAUCAACUAUACGUCCAGCUGCAUCGUUAUCAAGACCUUCCGCAUGCAGAAAGUGCAAGUUUUCAUGAUCUUUGGCGGCAAGAACGUGUCCAAGUCCAUUCUCGACCUCCACGACAAGAAGCAAGCUGCUCGCCGUUCCAUCGGUUCCCUUGACUCCUACGAAGAUGUUACCGGUCAGGGAUUGACCCAGGCCUCUGUUGACAUCGACCAGAUGAAUGCGAGCCUUCUAGGGCUUGAUAGUGACUCUGAUUGA